AUGACGACGCAGAUCCCCAUGAUAUCCGUGCCGCUCAAGCAGACAAACGAGAUCGACUGGGUCGCGCCGCUCAAGGGCUACAUACGCUCCACGUACGGCGACGAUCCGGAGCGCUAUGCGGAAGAAUGCGCCACGCUGAAUCGGCUGCGGCAGGACAUGCGGGGCGCGGGGAAGGAUAGUGCCGCAGGGAGGGAUCUGUUGUAUAGAUACUAUGGGCAAUUGGAGUUGCUAGAUCUCAGGUUCCCUGUGGAUGAAAACCAUAUCAAGAUCAGCUUUACUUGGUACGUGUUCGACGCCUUCACACACAAACCCACCGCACAGUACUCGCUCGCCUACGAGAAAGCGUCCAUCAUCUUCAACAUCUCCGCCGUCCUGUCAUGUCACGCUGCGCAUCAAAAUCGCCACGAGGAUGUCGGGCUCAAGACGGCGUAUCAUUCGUUCCAGGCUUCUGCUGGCAUGUUUACAUACAUCAAUGAGAACUUUCUACACGCCCCGUCGACGGACCUGAGCAGAGAGACGGUGAAGACGCUGAUAGCGAUUAUGCUGGCACAGGCUCAAGAAGUGUUUUUGGAGAAGCAGAUCGCGGAUGGCAAGAAGGUCGGACUAAUGGCCAAGUUGGCUAGCCAGGCGGCAUUUUUGUACACACAAGCGACCGAGGGCGCGCAGGAAAAUGUCACAAAUGCUGUGUUUGAGAAGGUGUGGUUACAGAUUUGCCAGAUCAAAUCACACUAUAUGGCUUCGGUAGCACAAUACUACCAGGCGCUGGCAGACGACGACGCGAACUCGCAUGGCGUAUCCAUCUGCAGACUACAGGUCGCAGAAACACAUGCCAAAGACGCGAAUCGAGCAGCGAACGGGUUUCCCUCAUCCGCUCCAGCAAACUCGAACCUGGCCUCGGAGACUGGAAGCGUGCUGGCGGAGAUGACCAAGAAGCACCUUGCGAAUGUACAGGAGAAACUUGCUGAAUUCUCCAAGGACAACGAUUUCAUCUAUCAUCAAGGGAUACCCAACGAGGCAUCCCUGUCUCCCAUCCCGAAAUCACCAGCAGCGAAAGCGAUACCCGUUAGCGAAUUGUAUCAAGGACAGGACAUACAGAGAAUUAUCGGUCCGGAUAUCUUCCAGAAGAUUGUGCCCCUGGCAGUGACCGAGUCGGCAAGUCUGUACGACGAAGAGAAGGCAAAACUGAUACGGGCGGAGAGUGAAAGGGUUGAAGUUGCAAACGACGAGAUGGCGGCAAGCCUGGACUACUUGAAACUUCCCGAUAGCCUUAACGUGCUGAGAGGGGGUAUGGAUCAGGAUAUGAUGGUCGAUCAGGACUUCCGGCAAUGGUGUGAGGAACUGGCGGGACACCAACCUUUUACGUCAGCUUUCAACCAACUCAACACCGACAAAGCCGAAAUUACCACCAUGCUCGAGGCGAGCAUGAAACAGUUGGAUAUGGAGGAGAGUGUAUGCGAGAAGAUGCGCUCCAAGUACGGACCAGAGUGGACACAGCAGCCCAGUUCACGCCUCACCGCCACACUACGAAGUGAUGUUCGAAACUACCGAAACGCGGUUGAUGAGGCAAGCACGAGUGAUGCACAGUUGUAUAAUACCUUCCGACAAUGUGAGGCGGACUUUGACGAAAUGCGGUCAGCUGGUGAGACGGACGAAGCGGAUGUCUUGUACUCGAGAGCCAUGGUCAAGGCCGGUGCGACGAAAGGGAAGAGUCCGAGACCUGCAGAAGGCAACCUCAUCGACGACGAUUUUGACGAUGGACCGAGUGUUGCGGAUCAGAUUGGAGCUGUUGAGGAUUUACUGCGGAAACUCAAUCUCGUCAAGAAGGAGAGGACACAGGUGUUGAAGGAUCUCAAAGAGAAGGUUCACUCCGACGACAUAUCUAAUGUCCUUAUUCUCAACAAGAAAGCUAUCGCCAACCAGGAAUCUCAACUAUUCAAGGCUGAACUCGAGAAAUUCCGACCACACCAAAAUCGUAUACUGCAAGCUAAUCACAAACAAUCUUCUCUUCUCAAGGAACUCACACGGACAUACUCGGAUUUGCUCAAGGAUAAGCGAGUACGGUCUGAACAGAACAAAUAUGAAGCGUUCUCGCGACAAAGAAACUCUGUCAUGACCAAGUACCGAAGAGUGUAUCAGAGUUUCAACGACCUAAUUGCCGGCCUAAUGCGCGCCCAAGGCUUCUACUCGGAGAUGAAAGAAACGGUGUCAAGUUUGCACAAGAAUGUUGAGACUUUUGUUAACAACAGACGCUCAGAAGGCGGGCAACUUCUCUCGCGAAUCGAGCAAAGCAAAUCUCAAGGCGCAGAUCAGGAACAGCAACGUUUGAAAGAUCUGAUGGAACGUAUGUCCAUGGAACCUUCGGGUUCACCCGUGUCGGCAGGAAGUGGUGGGAGGAAAAAGAGCAUACCGCCCCCGCUGUCAUCAGUACCUGGCUACGGGUCCACAUCAGGCCUCCCAGCAUACAACCCCGCCGCCUCACCCCCCGUAACACCACGAUACCCUCCCGUAACCACACAGCAACAACCCUUCAUGUCCCCCCAGCAAUCCUACGGCGGGCCACCGAGUGCGUUCAACGCCCCCCCACAACCCCCGCGACGCGACUCGUAUAAUCAGUACCCUCAACAUCAACACCAACACCCCUCUUCACAGCAGGCGACAUACAAUCCAGCGCAACAUCAGUACAAUCCUGUUUCACCCCCGCCACACCAGCAGUUCUUCUCACCACCGCCGGCGCAGCAACAGCAUCAGCAACAGCAGUGGGGGCAACCCCCACAGCAACAAAAUCAGUGGGGCCAGGGAUUGCCGCAGGGAUACGUUCCUCCGCCGCCACCGCCGGGGCCGCCACCUAGUCAGAAUCAGAAUCAGAAUCAGAAUCAUGAGUACGGGUACGGAGGAGCAUAUGGGAGGCAGGGACAGCAGGGACAGAAUGAUCAUUGGGCGGGGUUGAGUCAGUGGAAGUGAGGGGUGGAUGAGGCACGUGGGUUGGAGGGGGAUUGGACGGCAUUGGCGGAG